CUUGGGGCACUUAUGAGGUUUCCAGCUGUGGACAGUAGAGAGGCCAGUGUCCAAACUCAGGCCACCUGAACACCACUGUUCACACCUGCAAAGGCUAAGGGUCAUCCAGCCUUCAAGAUGCCCAAGGGGAACCAGCAACCUCAAGAUCUCGACACCACCACCCAGGGCAGCCACCCACCCCAACUCGCUCAAAAAUGCAACAAUCUGAGGCAGGCCCCAGAGCACACCCCUGCAGUGACCGAACAGAAGGCGACCACACCCCGAGGGAGAGGCCGGGUGGGGUCGGCGACACGCACGCAGUCCUCCCAGUCCAAGCUCCCGGGCCAGGGUUCGCAAACACGAGGUCCUCCUGCAGGCCAGCGGAACCCAGAGCGGACCAACGCCGCGGACCCAAGCAAGGGCAAGGGGCCGGGCUCAGGGCGGCGUGACAAUCGGCAGCGGGCGCCCUCCAACCCGAAACCGAAGCCCUCCACCACGAAGCCCGAACCCUCCACCCCGAAGCCCGAACCCUCCUCCACCCCUGAUCCCCCCACCAUGGCCCGCGGCGGCAGUCAGAACUGGAGCUCCGGGGAGUCGGAUGGCCAGCCAGAGGAGCAGACGUCCGAGGAGAGCGGAGACAAGAUGGUGAAGGAGACCCAGUACUAUGACAUCCUGGGGGUGAAGCCCAGCGCGUCCCCGGAGGAGAUCAAGAAGGCCUAUAGGAAGCUGGCGCUCAAGUACCACCCGGACAAGAACCCGGAUGAGGGCGAGAAGUUUAAACUUAUAUCCCAGGCAUAUGAAGUACUUUCAGAUCCAAAGAAAAGAGACAUCUAUGACCAAGGUGGAGAGCAGGCGAUUAAGGAAGGGGGCUCCGGUAGCCCCAGCUUCUCUUCACCCAUGGAUAUCUUUGACAUGUUCUUUGGUGGUGGAGGACGGAUGGCUAGAGAGAGAAGAGGCAAGAAUGUUGUACACCAGCUGUCAGUAACUCUGGAAGACUUAUAUAAUGGAAUCACUAAGAAAUUGGCCCUCCAGAAGAAUAUAAUUUGUGAGAAAUGUGAAGGCAUCGGUGGGAAGAAGGGAUCCGUGGAGAAGUGCCCUCUGUGCAAGGGGCGGGGGAUGCAGAUCCAUAUCCAGCAGAUCGGGCCGGGUAUGGUGCAGCAGAUCCAGACUGUGUGCAUCGAGUGCAAGGGCCAGGGCGAGCGCAUCAACCCCAAGGACCGUUGCGAGAGCUGCAAUGGAGCCAAAGUUAUCCGGGAGAAGAAGAUUAUCGAGGUACACGUGGAGAAAGGUAUGAAGGAUGGGCAAAAGAUACUGUUUCAUGGAGAAGGAGAUCAGGAGCCUGAGCUGGAGCCUGGUGAUGUCAUAAUUGUGCUUGAUCAGAAGGAUCAUAGUGUCUUUCAGAGACGAGGCCAUGAUUUGAUCAUGAAAAUGAAAAUUCAGCUUUCUGAAGCUCUUUGUGGCUUCAAGAAGACAAUAAAAACGCUAGAUGAUCGAGUCCUCCUUAUUACAUCCAAGUCAGGUGAGGUGAUAAAGCAUGGAGACCUGAAAUGUGUGCGCAACGAGGGAAUGCCCAUCUACAAAGCCCCCCUGGAGAAAGGGAUGCUGAUCAUACAGUUCUUAGUGGUCUUCCCUGAAAAACACUGGCUUUCUCAGGAGAAGCUCUCUCAGCUGGAGGCCCUGCUCCCCCCUCGGCAGAAGGUGAGGAUCACAGAGGACAUGGAUCAGGUGGAGCUGAAGGAGUUCAAUCCCAACGAGCAGAACUGGCGCCAGCACAGGGAAGCCUAUGAGGAGGACGAGGACGGGCCCCGCGCUGGUGUGCAGUGCCAGACGGCAUGAGGGCGGCGCGGUGUAGCGUGGCCUGGUCGGACUAGCACAUGACGAAUGUAAACCUGGCACAAUGAAAAUGGCAUGGCUUUAAUAGCCUCGUGUUUGGGGUGUCCUGUGUAUGUGUUCAGCAGUCUCCAUGCUGAGUUGUCUUUUGGGUUUGCUUGUUUCUCUUCUGGUUGUAACUUAAGUUAUAGCUUGAUUUGUAUUUAAAUGUUUUAAGUUCAAUCAUGUCUAGUCUGCAUAUGGAAUCUGUUCAUUUGUACUUUCAGGACAUACUCUGGAGAUGGUAGUACCACACUGACCCUUUGUGCUUUUAGUGGCUUCGCCAUGGUUCAGCUCCACAGUAGGCACCCAUGGCCACGCUUGGCCCUAACCAAGGCCGCGAAGGUGGGGUCGGGCCCAUCUCUAAUCUGUGGUUUCUCUUCCCUUCCUCCCUUGGCAGUCACCGAGGGUAUGAGCUCAGGUCUGCUAGUAUGUCUGGAUCUACUCUAGAACUCCCAGACAGUAAAAGCACAUGUAUGGCUUGCACUUGGCCCAGCAUGCCUGUUCACUGAGGAGGCUCCACUCAAAAGCUGCAGGGCCAGUCUAGCUCUACUCUUCUGUCCCUUGAAUGGUUGAGGGGUUUGUCUAACCGUCUGUCCUGGAAGUUUUCUGAACUUUCCAGGCCUUGUGAUGACAAACUCUUUUUAAGUAAGCCAAUAAAGCCAUUUGCCUGUGACCCACAACCUUGUUCUUUUUAAUGAUUAUCUGUUGACAACCUUUGCAAUGUUGUCCCACCAAAGUGCUUACCCCAAAGAAGGCUAAACCCUCCCAUGUCCCUGGCAGCCUCUGUGCAGCUGCAGAAGCACCCAAGGGAGAAUGCUGGUGGCUUAGCCCUCCCCCCCCCCCCCCCACAUAGCCGCCUAGUGUCUCCUGAUGACUUAAGGGUACGCAAUGGCACAGAACCCCUCAGUAUUUUCACCUUGUUCUCCAGACAGCUCCUUCCUAAAGGCCUGUUCCACUCACUGUACAGCCAUACUACACAGGGCUUCCUGCUUGUGAGGUUUGGUGAGAACUGAACUAACCAAGUUCUUCUAGUUAGCUGCCAUGAAUACCACUGACAAUGACAGCUGCCUGGGACGGGUACUAGUUACUACUUUAAUCCUGGCAGGUACACUGCACUUUCAAUAAAGGCUACCUCAGCCUCUAGCCAUUAUUACUCCUUUCUCUUUUACAAAGGAAGUUAAACCCCCGCUGCUUAAGCUACUCAACUAACCUGCCAGAUCCACCCUUAGUUGUUUUUAUGGUACCAGAGAGUUUACACAGACCAAGAACUUCCCCUAGGAAGGUUAAAGGGCAGAACAGACCCAUGGCUGGUGGGGGAAGCCAGCAAGCGGGACCCCCAAAACUUGCUGGCUAGUGGAAGAUAAUUUGCUCAAAGCACAGCAAGUCCACCUAUGCCCGUUCUGACCACUGGCCAGGACAGACUCAAAACUGAUUCCUCAACUAACGCGAUUUAUAAACGGACCACAACUCCAGGGUGUUGUUUCUGUGCUGACGUCCUGAUCACUGCUGGGGAGUACUGUUUAGCUUGUGAUGGGACAAAACUAUAUUCAGCUCUUCCUUGUUACAAAUCUGGGGGCAUUGCUCAACCUUCCCACCUGUACACUUGUCACUAUAAAUUAAAACUGAGCUGGUACGAGAGACAAA